GAGUACAGAAACCAGUCCACAUCGCUCCGGUUUUGUUCUUAAAUUUCGUUUACGAAGUCCCUAUUAUCACAUCAAGAUGGGUAGGGAGGACAAAACCACCUGGAAAUCUAACUAUUUCCUGAAAGUCGUGCAAUUGCUCGACGAAUACCCGAGAUGUUUCAUCGUCGGUGCUGACAACGUCGGCUCUCGUCAGAUGCAGACAAUUCGCAUGUCGCUGCGCGGCUCGGCUGUUGUGCUGAUGGGUAAAAAUACCAUGAUGCGCAAAGCCAUCCGUGGACAUUUGGAAAACAACCAAAACCUGGAGAAGCUGCUCAAUCACAUCAAGGGCAACGUUGGCUUCGUGUUCACGAAGGGCGAUCUGGCCGAUGUUCGAGACAAGCUAACCGAGAGCAAGGUGCGUGCCCCAGCACGUGCUGGUGCCAUCGCUCCGCUUGAGGUCGUUAUUCCGGCCCAGAACACCGGUCUUGGUCCGGAGAAGACAUCUUUCUUCCAGGCGCUGUCCAUUCCGACCAAGAUUUCGAAGGGUACGAUUGAAAUCAUCAACGAUGUGCCCAUCCUGAAGCCAGGUGAUAAAGUCGGCGCUUCAGAAGCUACCCUUCUGAACAUGCUGAACAUCUCGCCGUUCUCGUACGGUCUGCAGAUUCAGCAGGUGUACGAUUCUGGCUCGAUUUUCUCGCCGGAAAUCCUCGACAUUAAGGCUGAAGAUCUGCGCGCUAAGUUCCAGGCUGGAGUCGCCAAUCUGGCCGCUGUCUCGCUCCAGAUCGGGUAUCCGACACUGGCUUCGGUUCCGCACAGCAUUGCCAAUGGUUUCCGCAACUUGCUGGCCAUUGCUGCCGUCACCGAGGUUGAGUUCAAGGAAGCCGAAACUGUCAAGGAAUUCAUCAAGGAUCCGAGCAAGUUCGCCGCUGCUUCAGCCUCAUCUGCACCAGCUGCUUCUUCGGCGGCGGCUCCAGCUGCCAAGGCUGAGGAGAAGAAGGAGGAAUCGGAAUCCGAAGAUGAAGACAUGGGCUUCGGUCUGUUCGAUUAAUUUCGAUAGCCAGCAAUAUGCUUCAUUAAUAACCUGCACCACAGUCGUAAUUUCGACUCAACAAGUUUCAUCCAUAUUUGAGUGGUGCGGGUUGGUUGUUCUCCGAGGUUUUACGAGCAAUAUCUACUUUGGCACGGACGUAAAGCUGGCUCGUAUACUCGUCAAGGCUGGGGACGGCCCAAUGGCGAUACGUUGCUAUGUUACGUACCAAAAUACGUAUUUUAAAGUGAACCCGAUAACAAAAGCUAAUAAAAUCGCAUAAAAGCCAUGUUAAAUCGACAGAAAUA